CGGCCUAGACCUUGCACUGCAAACUUCGCCAUCGCCGUCGCCACCAAAACCAAUUGUAUGCAUCCAAUAAUUUUCACAGCAAUAGUUAAGACGAACAGAAGGAAGGAAUAGAAUAGGAGUAACUUUCCUCUACUUGCAAAGAAGAAGAAGCAAAACAAGGAUUUUGAGGCUGGGGCCGGCGGGAUUGAGAUGGGAAAUCGGGGAAGGGGAUGUGAAUGUAGACGAAGGGAAUUUCUGGGGGUUGGCGGGGAAGGGGAAGUCACCAGCACGUGCCUUUCAUAUUCAAGUCUAAUGCUAAUGCCAGCUGUUUAGUUUGUUUUGCUUUACUUACGUUGCAGCUUUAGCCUUGUCUUUACUAUGCUACUGUUGUAUUGCUACAUUGCUAUUCUAGGAAUUGUGUGCAUAUAGAGCGAUAAUGAGAACAGUUUCAAUAUUAUCAAAGUUUCUGAAAUCAUGCCUAAAUUAAGGCUUUAGUUUCACCAUGGAAGGAAGACAUGAGCUCUCAAUUACAACGCACUUUGUGAAAGUCAUGAUGCCUGGUUUCCACGAAAAAAUGAACCUUCCACCAAUUGUUUCCAAGCAGGUAGAAGCGCGGAAAUGGAGAAGAGUGAUUCUGGAAAGCCGAAUCGGAAAAUUUAGCGUGAGUUUGUGCAAAAACCAGGAAAAUGGGCUGAUCUGUAUGAAUCGAGGAUGGCCUGAAUUCGUGGAGCGCCACGCUUUAACAAUCGGAGAGUUCGUCUUCUUCAAACCCACCGAUGAUCUGCGUUUCAACGUCUCUGUGUUCGGCACAAACAUGACCGAGAAGGAGUUUCACAACGAAAAGAAGGAAGAAGAAGAAGAAGAGGAGGAGGAGGAGGAGGAGGAGGAGGAAGAAGAAGAAGAUGAAGAAGAAGAAACCCUAAAUCCCAUGGAAGAAGCAAGGAAGAACGGGGUCUCGAAAGAGUAUUUCGAGAAGAGGAUGAAGCCUUUCCAUGCUAAGAAGAAGACGAAAGUGAAUAUUCCGGUGCCAUUCUUGAGGGCGAAUAGUUUGGGCGGGCCGCAACAGUGGAGGGUGAUUCUGAAUGAUCCCAAGGGGAGAAGUUGGGCGGUAUCGCUGUCGAACGAGAACAGCGGUGGAAUUCGAUUCAGAAUGAAAGCGGGAUGGCCUGCUUUCUAUGCAGCCAACCGCCUCAAGGAUGGAGAUUAUUGUGUCUUUCAUCUCAAUCGUCGUCUGCUAACGCCCACCACUAUCGUUCUCGACGUCCAGAUCAUCAUUCGUGGGUAAAUAAUUCCUCUAAAUCUUAAAACAUAUAAAGAUUAAUCCCCUUUUGAUGUGCGAAAUUAUGUAUCGACAUACUGUGUUAGUAGGUGUCUUUGUUAACAGUUUGUUGGAUUGCGUAAUUGUUUGAUUAAGUGCAUGAGGCGAGAUUUAAGUAUCAA